ACUUUCACGUGUUUAUGUUUGCAAGCUGCUUUUUACCAAUAAAAGUGUUUUUAUUUUUAUUUAUUGGUGUUAUUGAAAUCAAUAAAUUUUGAUCUUUUUUUGUGAUUAAUAUUUAAUUUUUAAUAUUUGAAUAGCAUCCCGAAAGCUCUGUUACUCUUAGACAAUUUGAAAAAACUGAAAUAAAGCAAUAUAUUACAUUGAAGAUGCCCAAACCAAAAACGCCGAAAAUUCUAAGCUUGAACGAUGACAGGGUUAAAGCAGCGAAAAAGCCUAAAAAGCCUAGAGUCAAAGUCGUUAAAAAGAAAACAGCUGUUGCUAUUCCUUCAUCUUUAAUGUUCUUCAAUUAUAACCAGCAACUUGGUCCUCCAUUCAGGAUAAUUUGUGAUACAAAUUUUAUCAACUUUUCUAUUAAAAACAAAUUAGAUAUGGUUCCCGCCAUGAUGGACUGUCUCUUAGCGAAGUGUAUUCUUUAUGUUACGGAAUGCAUCAUUGCUGAAUUACAAAAGUUAGGUGCUAAAUAUCGUGUUGCCCUCAAAAUCAUUAAAUCAAGUUUUGAGGUAUUACCCUGUGCACAUAAAGGAACAUAUGCAGAUGACUGUAUUUUUAAUAGAGUAAGUUGUCAUAAAUGUUAUAUCGUUGGAACCUGUGAUAGAGCUCUCCAGAAAAGGAUAAGAAAAUUGACAGGAGUUCCUAUCAUGUAUAUAAAAAAUAGGAAAUAUGCCAUUGAAAGAAUGCCUGAUGCUCCAGGAAUUGAACCUGUUUGAACUUGAACUAUCAGCUUGAAUUUUUUGUAAUAACCUUAUGUAUAUUUGAAAUACAAACAUGAACGUAUGCGAAUACAUAUGAUUUGAAAUAAAUUAAUUAAUUAAAAUUAA